GCUAGGGGAGGCUAGGGGAAGGCUGCGUCACGUGGCGGUCCGCACUGAGGCACGCAUGCGAGACCGCGGGGCGCCGGGCGCGCAGGCGUCCCCUACUCAGUUGGCAGUCGGCCCCCGCGCCCGCCGCGCGUCGCGAGUGACUGUGAUGAGUGACUAGUGCCAUGCUCGUGCUCCGCUGCGCCCUCUUCGCGGGCCUCCUGGCCGCCGCCGCCGCCGCCUGGCAGGAGAACGUCAGGCCCAAGGUCUUCGCGCAAUUAGGGGUGGAUGAUACACACAAAUUCCUCGGCAACGAGACGCACACGGAUUAUUUUCGACUGUUGCUGAGGGACGGAAAUUAUUUACUUGUCGGCGGCAGGAACGUCGUGUACAACCUCAGCCUGACAGACCUGACAGAACAGAGGAGGCUGGUGUGGUACUCCACAGACACAGAUGUACAGAUGUGUGUCGUUAAAGGGAAAGAUGAGGAGCGGUGUCAGAACUACAUCCGGGUGCUGGUCUCCCUCGGCACCGGGAGGCUCCUGGUCUGCGGCACCAAUAGCUUCAAACCCUACUGCCGGGAGUACAGCGUCCAGCGAGACUCAUACCACAUGGAGAAGGAGAAGUCCGGGCAGGCGGUCUGCCCGUAUGACCCCGACCACAACUCCACUGCUGUUUAUGCAGACUCGGAGCUUUACUCGGGCACAGUGGCGGACUUUAGCAACAUGGAGCCCAUCAUCUACCGGGAGCCGCUGCAGACGGAGCCCUACGACUCCAUGACGUUAAAUGCGCCGGACUUCGUGAACUCGCUGGUGCACGGCAACUUCGUCUACUUCUUCUUCCGGGAGACGGCGGUCGAAUACAUCAACUGUGGCAAGUCGGUAUUCUCCCGCGUAGCCCGCGUGUGCCGCGACGACCGCGGCGGGCCACACCGUUUCAAGCAGCGCUGGACAUCCUUCCUCAAGUCACGGCUGAAUUGCUCAGUAGCUGGAGACUUCCCGUUUUACUUCAAUGAGAUACAAUCAACGACAGAGCUGAUCGAGGGUGUGUACGGGGGUCUCAACGCUCAGCUCAUCUACGGCACCUUCACGACUCCACCCAACAGCAUAUCGGGCAGUGCGGUGUGCGCGUUCAGCAUGCAGGACAUAGCUGACACAUUCGAGGGGACCUUCAAAGAGCAGAGCGCGAUCAACUCGAAUUGGCUGCCCGUUAACAGUGCCAAGGUGCCAGAGCCCCGUCCAGGCACGUGUCACAACGACUCGCGGACGCUGCCGGACCAGACGCUCAACUUCAUCAAGGCGCACGCGCUCAUGGACGAGUCCGUGCCCGCCUUCUUCGGCGAACCCAUCGUCAUCAGGACUAGUUUCCACUAUCGGUUUACACAAAUAGCUGUAGAUCCACAAGUGAAGACGCCGGGAGGAAAAGCCUACGACGUGCUCUUCAUAGGCACAGAUAACGGCAAAAUCAUCAAAGCGAUCAACGCAGUGUCAUACGAGUCCAACAAGCGCGCGGUGCCCGUGGUAAUAGAGGAGCUACAGGCGUUUGCGGGCGGCGCGGCGGUGCGGGCGCUGCGUGUGGCGCGCGCGGGCAGAGACGCCGCAAGACUGAUAGCAGUGUCCGAUAGAGAAGUGCUGAGUUUGCGGCUGCAUAGGUGCUCCAGUGACAAGAUAAGCUCGUGCUCAGAGUGCGUGGCGCUGCAAGAUCCGUACUGCGCGUGGGACAAGCAGGCGGGGCGGUGUCGCGCGUACUCGCACGGCGUCGCGCGCUGGCUCGACGACAACUCCUUCUACCAGAGCGUCAGCACCGGCAGCCACGCCGCUUGCCCGCACAGUAAAGACGCGGGCGCGGUGGGCGGUCUGAGCUCGGGUUUGUACGACGACGCUCGCGGCGAGAGCAAGGGCGAGGUCAUUAACAUCGUGCAGGACAAGGACGGGAAGGGUGGCAGCAGCAGCAACGAAGGUCCGGAAGUCCUAGCAGCGGAUCCGCCGCCCGCAGCUUACUCAGUGGAGACCCUGGCAUUGGCGGUAGCGGCAGGGGCGCUGGCGGCUUUAGGUGCCGGGUUCGCAGCCGGAUACAUUUGUGGCCGCCGGUGUAAGAAGGACGAUGAUGACAACAUGCCCUACCCCGAUACUGAAUACGAGUAUUUCGAGCAGAGACAGAAUAUUAACAGGAUCCAAGCGGAGCCGAAACUCCUGCAGCAGGUGGAGGAAGUGACGUACGCGGAGCCGGUGCUGGCGCCGCAGCCGAAGCCGGCGUCCCCGCGCGCGACGCUCCGCAAGCACCCGCCCUACCACCAGCAGCACCCCCACCACGAGACGCUGUUCCAGUUCCAGCCCGACUACCGCCGAGACUUCGCCACGCUCCGCUCGCACCAGGUCAAUGGCGAUGGCUACCGGCGCGGCGCCGACAACGGCUUCUCGACCACGCGCUCAGUGAAGAAGGUGUACCUCUGAGAAACAAGUGGGGCGGACGCGCGGGAACUCCAUAAACACAACACGCACCACCACCAUACGCUGGUGUCGCAGCGCAGCAGCGGGUCGGGGUCGGGGUCGGGCAGCGCGUCGUCGUCGUCGCCGUCGCCCCCCUCCUCCUCCCCCUCCCCGUCCGCCGAGCGCCCCCCCACCCCGCCGCCGCCCGCGCCGCAACCCUGCGCGUACAUCUACCGCAACUAGCGCCGCCCCGCAGAACUUGUUAUAUGCGUAGCGCGCUGAAUAGCCCGACGAUUCGAUAAGACCGAUUGAAGCGAAAUAUAGGAAACGGUUGCGUAUUCGACAUAUUUGGGCUUCAUUUGUCUUUAAAAUGUGUCAGUUGUUAGAAAGUUUUGUGAAAGGGCGAAUGAACUCUUCACACGAAUAUAUUUUGGUAUCGGUUUCCGAACGUUUCGAUAGUGAUGUGCUCGUCGAAUCGAAAACGUCACCGUCCGAUUGUGUAAUCGAUUUUCGUGAACGAGUCUUCGGGUACUUCGGCGCUAGCUACGAAAAUUAUUGUUGGGAGUUUGGGUCGAUGUAACGUUACAUGCAUCGUACGAGAUUUGCCUAUAAACUAGAAACAUUAGAGCCUAUUUUGCGUGUCACCGACGGUAGGCCGGAAUAGUGCUACUGAGAUCGAAUCGAACAGUUCAAAGUCGAAUGUGACUCAAUCAUUCUUCCAUGAUAAAUGACAUAUACGUACUCGUGAUUAUCCCCUUACCUAAAUUCGUACGCCUAUCGAGCGCGAUAGAGAAAUUGUAUUUUUUUUAAAGGACGAAACGAUGUCGACGUGUAUGUACGAUGAUUAUUGUAACAGAGUAGUUCGUUAGGAUAUAAAUAGUUUACCUAAUUCUAGGUGAAAUAUAAGUUUUGUUGGUAAUGUUGACGAGUUAGUGUUGUGUUGUGACGUCAUUGCGCCGGCCCCCGCGUGCGCCCCGUGAUAUGUCCGGGACGGACGGAAUGACCUCACAAAUCGCUUUUUUAAAAUAAUGUAGCGUUACUAGCGACAUCUCGCUGAUACCAAAAAUUUAUUGUUAUAACUGGACAAUGUUAAAUACUGUAAUUUUUUUUGUUUUAACACGGUGUGGAAACAAUAGCUUAAGUUGUUUUUAUGACCUAAAAUACAUUCGAGUACGACAUGUGAUUACUGACUUGAAUAUUAUUUAUGAAUUCGAUAACCAUGUUAGAUACAAAUAUUUAACAUUGUCGAGGUAUAAAUGCGAUACGUUUACAGAUUGUUACGUAAACGUUACAAAAACUUGAUAUAAAUUAUAUUUAUCCUGUAUAAAUAUUAUGUAAAGUCCUGAUACUCACACAUUGAUUAAAAGUGCUUCUUAUGGAUGUAUCUAGAUUUUAGGGGAUCGUUUUGAUAAUUAUUCGAUAACGUUUUAGAUUUAGCGAUUGUAUACAUAGAUUAUAGAGCGUAAGCGCACUGAGGUGCAGUAUUGCCAAUUCGAGUCGGUGCGCCAUUAUGUAAACUUACUGUGGUCUAGUGAUCAUUAUGUACAUACAUUCUGUGACACUGAGGUACGUGGUAACAUUUUGUAACUCAUAUUUGAGUCGAAACAUUGUUUAAGACAAAAAUAAUUAUAAACGCCUUUUGUUACACCCGCAAAUUGUAAUUUCUAAUUAUUCUAAGCUAAACCUUCGGAUGGGUUGAAAGUGUUGCCACGUACACUAAUUCUAAAACAUCUUUUUAGUCAACGAUUGAUUCUAAAUUUAAAAUCCAGAAAAGUGGGCCAAAUGUUAAAAGUUUUUUUCUGAAACGUUCCUGUUGCUGUUUUAUAUACUUAGUCAUUUCUUUAUAGCUUUCAACAUUAGCUAGCAUGUUAUUUCCAAUCUGAGAAUUUAUACUCUCCUUCACUAAUUGUUGACAAUUGAAUGUAUGUAAAGAAAUGUCAAUUCUAUUUGUAAUAACCUAGUGCCUAAGUAUGUGUGGCGAGAUUGUGAUCUUUGUGAUCUGUAUCGACUCCAGUAGAUCAG